AUGGAGAACACCACAGAAGCAACACAGUUCAUCCUCCUAGGACUGACCAAAGACACAAAACUACGCAUCCCAUUUGUAAUGAUCUUCACUCUUAUAUAUGCAAUAAAUGCCAUCGGAAACCUGGGGAUGAUCCUGUUGAUUCUGUUGGACUCUCGUCUCCACACGCCCAUGUACUUCUUCCUCAGUAACCUGUCUCUGAUAGACUUCUGUUACUCUACAUCUGUCAGCCCUACAGUCAUAGCUGGGUUGCUUGUGGGUGACCUGGUCAUCUCCUACAGUGCAUGUGCUGCUCAGAUGUUCAUUUUUGCAACCUUUACCACUGGGGAAGUAUUCCUCUUGGCUGCAAUGGCCUAUGACCGCUAUGCAGCUGUGUGUAAACCCCUGCAUUAAACCAUCAUGCCCACAGGUGUGUGCCUGGGUCUGGCUAUACUCUGCCAUACUGGGGGCUUCAUCAAUGCCUGCAUCCAUGUUGGGGAAGCAUUCAGUCAGACUUUCUGCAGCUCCAAUAAGGUCCAUCACUUUUUCUGUGAUGUUCCAGCAGUCAUGUCUCUGUCUUGUUCUGAUAAGCAUAUUUCUGAGAUGGUUCCUGUUUAUGUAGACACCUCAAUUGUAUUUUUUUGUCUUUCAGUUAUCUUUGUAUCCUACAUGUUCAUUUUUAUCACCAUCUAUAGGAUGCGCAAAACUGCAGGCUAUCAGAAGGCUCUGUCCACCUGCGCUUCUCACCUCACUGCCAUCACCAUCUUCUUUGGGCCGAUCAUCUUUAUGUACUUGCAGCCCAGCUCUAGCCAUUCCAUGGACACGGACAAAACAGCAUCUGUGUUUUAUACAAUGGUCAUCCCCAUGCUGAACCCCAUAGUCUACAGCCUGAGGAACAAGGAGGUCAAGAAUGCAUUCAAGAAGCUGGGUGAAAAGAUAAAAUUGUCUCUGGGAUUAUGA